GCUCGCUUGUUAGUCUAGGUUAACCUACACACUUAUACAUUACCCGCCACGCCGAUAAGAGCGAUCGAGCGAGCGAAAUAUUUUGCACAUCCAUACUCGCACACGCGACCUUGCCAUCCUUCCCGUCCUCAACGCACGCAACCAAACCAUGUCCUCCACGCCCGCCGGCACCACGCGCACGCGUAACGGCAGCACCAACCUCCGCCGCGACAUCCCACUCACGCUCUCGGUGUCCGAAAUCCUCAAAUCCUUCCCGUCACCACCCGGCACACCGUUACCCAGCCGGCCUGGCACCUCAUCUCCGCCGAGCGUGGGCGCACACAUCAGCGCGGCAGAGGCGGUGCACAGCUCGUGCACCGGUAUCCAGACGCAACUAGCGGCGGCCGAGGCAACGCUCAACCGCGCGCUGCGCUCGACUCGCCGGAGGAUCCUGGGCCGCCUUACGAGAUCACAGAGGGGUGAGGUCUAUGAUCGCCUCGCGGGCAUCGAUACGGAGCUUAGGAGGGUCCGCGGCCGCGUCAAGGGCGUGGAGGCGAGUUACCGCCGGCUGGUGGUGGUGGAUGCUGGGUUUGCGGGCGUGGAAGGGGCGAAGGAAGGGGCGAAGGGCGGAGGAAGCGAGCCCGCGAGCGUCCAGAGGCAGUGCGAACAGGGCAUCCGCGAGCUGAAGGCGCUCUAUGCGGAUUGCGAGAUGCAUUGGCGCCGCAUACGGAAGUCGUGGGAGGACUCGGCGGCGUGGGAGGCGAGAUCGACGUCCACGUCGGACAAGAAAGCCGCCACAGCCACAAACGGGAAUUCGCUGCAGUGUAUGAUGCCCGCCGGCGUGGCGCUGCGCUGACGAUGGUGAUGGUGAUGACGAGUGGGCGCUGAUUUUGGAAGGAAAUCGGGUUCUGUUUGGGCGGUCUGCUUCCAUGGCGAAAUGGAGUACCUACCUAUACAUACAUACAUCGCGAGCGACUGGUCCGGGACGACGAGACGACAAG